GCUGUAAAUAUGACCAUAAUCAGUCAAACAGAAGUUGUAGUGCACGUGCGAAGGUAUUAAAAUACUUAACGUAUCAAAAACUACAUUUUUUAUACAGCAAAAAUGGCAGAUAACGUGGAUGCAAAUAUUUUUGGAAAAUCAAAAGAUACACAAAAAAAUCAAGAUUCGAUAUCAAUUAUUCCUGUACUUAGUGGUUAUGAAUACAAAAUGGAUCACAAACACCGAGGGAAAGCAAUAAUUUUCAAUCAUUAUAAAUUCGAUAACAAUAGUAUGCCCGUAAGGAGUGGUACUGAAUUAGACUGUGAUAGAUUAGAAAAAGUUUUAAGAAAUAUUUAUGAUUUUGAAGUGACUGUAUGUAUGGAUUAUAAGUAUGGUCAGAUUUUCGAUACACUAGACAAAGCGGCAAAUGAAGACUACACAGAUUGUGAUUGCGUUUUGGUAGCAGUAAUGUCACAUGGUGAAAAAGGAAAAUUGUAUGCAAGAGAUACUUCUUAUAGAAUUGAAACUUUAUGGACACCGUUUACAAACUGUCCAACAUUAAUUGGGAAACCUAAAAUUUUCUUUAUUCAGGCAUGUCGCGGUGAUAAAUUAGAUUCAGGUCAUAAAAUUUUUGUUGAUUCCCCACAAUUAGCUACAAUACCAACAAUUGCCGAUAUUUUAGUUAUGUAUUCAACGUUCGAAGGUUAUUAUUCGUUUAGAUCGUCUUCUAAAGGAUCUUGGUUUAUACAAAGACUUUGCGACGAAUUGGAGAGUAGAUAUGGCGAUAAUAACGAUAAAGAUAUUUUACAAGUAUUAACCUUGGUCAAUAGGCAAAUGGCGUUGAAAGACUCGAGUUUUAAUCCUUUUAACAAAGAAGUCCAUAAUAAGAAACAAGUUGGAUCUAUUGUUAGUAGCUUAACAAGAACGUUGUAUCUUAAAAGAAGAGUAUUAACAAAUAAUUUUCAAUAUGAAGAUGAACCAAUGCAAUAA